AUGAAGAAAAUUUAUUUAACUCUGUGUGCCAUACUCGGAGCAAUGAAGUCAUUUUAUCUUUUCCAUUCGGUUGUAUUCAUCUUAGGCAUAGGGGUUACAUCCAUUGGGGUAGUGGAUGCUAGGAAUCUAAAGCCUGUGGGGAUUGGUAACGACAUCCAUCCACGGGGCCCGGUAACAAAUACUGUGCCUGAAGCGAUAAGAGGCCCCGGAGUUGUUGCUAUGCUUGAGGAGAAUUGCAGCCAUGCCAGACAACUAGAAAACAAACUUAAGGAGCUUGGCGUGCCUUAUAAGCCACUCUAUGCUGAGGAAAAUCUGGAUGUUUAUAAUUUCAUGACUACUCAGGAUGGUGGGCCCCUACUGUAUGAGGAUGGAAAGAGGGUUGAGGACAUUGAAAAGUUUCUAAAAGAAUAUAAAGCAAAAAAUGGAAAUAAAUAA